AUGGGCUUCGUGCAGUUUCUCAAAACCCGCUCUGGGUUCAGGGUCGACAACAAGCGGACUACCUCCGCAGCUACGCUGACCUUGCGCCAGAGUCUAUGGCCGCUGGCUCUGGUUACGAUUCUCUUCUUUCUGUGGGGUUUCGCCUAUGGGCUGCUGGAUACUCUCAACAAGCAUUUCCAGAACACACUCCAUAUCACCCGGACUCGUUCCUCAGGCCUCCAGGCCGCAUACUUCGGGGCAUACCCACUCGCUUCCCUAGGCUAUGCCAACUGGAUCCUUCGUCACUACGGAUACAAGGCCGUCUUCAUCUUCGGACUGGUCCUGUACGGUAUCGGGGCCCUGUGCAUGUGGCCCGCGGGUCUCAAUCGAUCAUUCGGCGGGUUCUGCGCGGCCACGUUUGUCAUCGGCUCGGGGCUGGGGUCGCUGGAGACAGCGGCCAACCCGUAUCUCACCGUCUGCGGACCACCGAAAUAUGCCGAGAUCCGAAUCAACCUCGCGCAGGCCUUCAACGGCGUCGGCACCUGCGUCGCGCCGGCGCUGGCCUCCUACGUCUUCUUCACCGACACGGGCGAUGAUGUCGCCGCCCUGAAGAGCGUGCAGUGGGUGUACCUCGCCAUCGGCAUCUUCGUCUUCCUCCUCGCGGGCGUCUUCUUCGUCUCCAAUAUCCCCGAAGUCACCGACGAGGACAUGGCCUCCCAAGUUGCCAAGACGCAUGUCGGGGAACUGGAGCAGCCGCUCUGGAAACAGUACAAGCUUUUCCAUGCGACCCUGGCUCAGUUCACGUAUACCGGUGCCCAGGUCGCCAUCGCGGGCUACUUCAUCAACUACGCCGUCGAAACCUGGCCCGGCACCGAGAACUCCACCGGCUCCAAGUACCUCGCCGGAGCGCAGGGCGCCUUCGCCGUCGGCCGCUUCCUCGGCGCCAUCAUCAUGCGCUACAUCCGCCCGCGCUGGGUCUUCCUGGUCUACCUAUCCGGCACGGUGGCGUUCAUCGCCGCGUCCACCACGCAGAGGAACCAAAACGGAAUCGUCAUGCUCUUCCUCACCCUCUUCUUCGAAUCCGUCUGCUUCCCCACCAUCGUCGCCCUGGGCAUCCGCGGCCUCGGCCGCCACUACAAGCGCGGCUCCGGCUUCAUCGUCGGCGGCGUUUGCGGCGGCGCCGUCGUGCCCCCGAUCCUGGGCCAUGUCGCCGACCUGCGCGACAGCACCGGCUUCGCCAUGAUCGUGCCUACGAUGUUCAUGGUCGUGGCGUGGACGUAUGCCCUCGCUGUGAACUUUGUGCCGGCGUAUCGGGACACCGUGGAUAAGGUUGGGGAUAGUCGGAUUGGCUGGACGGAGGGGGCGGGGAGUGCGGUGAAGGAUGUUGAGGUGGGGGAGGGGAUGGAGAGGAUGGAGAAGCCGGUGGGCGUGCAUUUGGAGAAGUGA